AUGAUGAAUAAUGAUUAUAGUAGAGGGUCAUCAUUAUCAUCUUUAUCAUCAUCAUCAUCGUUCAACAAUAACAAAAUGAAUAUGAAUGAAGAGAUAUCAAAAUUAGAGAAUGGAAUGAAAUCAUUAUUAAAGGAUUUGAAUCAAUUGAAAAGUCAAGUAUUCUCUAUAUCCAACAACACCAACAAUGGAAAUAUAAAUGGACAUUAUCAUCAUCAUAGUAAUAAUAAUGGUAUUGGUGGCGGCGUACAUCAUUUAUGUAAUAAUUGUAAACAACAAAUAUCAACUAUGACAAUGACAACUGUAUCUCCAUCUAUAUCUACUAUAUCACCAUCUUCAUCAAUGACAUCAAUUGUAUCUAAUAAUAAUAAUAAUAAUAAUAAUAAGACAUUUUUAAAUUCAUCAACACCUCCAUCAACCAUUACUUCACCUAGCUUGUUGGAACAACAAGAUAUUCUCAGUUUGACUAGUAUCAAUGGAUCACCAAUCUUGUCGUCGAGUGGAAAAGCACAUAGCAGUUUGAUAUUGGGUAGUAGUCGAAUGUCACGGAGCAACAGUAAUUCAAAUGUACCCAAACUACAACUCAAACAAUUUCGGUCACAGUCAACUUGCUAUCACGACAAUACACUCAUAAAGAAAUGGAUCGAUGAGACUGUCGUCAACAAAGACAAACCAAUCCCAUCAUCUAUAUCAUCAACAUCAUUGUCUUCGAUUGUUGGUGGAGCAGGAGCAAUCAAUUCCAAUCAUUCUACUUCUCCUGCUGGAAUGGGAUUGUCAUCAUCAGUAUCAUCGUCAACAACUUCAUUUUCAUCAAGUAACUCUUCUAAAAAGAUAAAGUUGGAUGUUGGAGGUAAAUACUUUUCAACGACUGUUUCAACGCUGACUAAACACGCAGACUCGAUGUUGGGUGCCAUGUUUUCGAGUCGCUUUGAGUUGCCAGUCGAUGAUGAUGGACGCAUCUUUAUUGAUCGCGAUGAGUACUCGCCCACCCUCAACAACUGGAGUAUACGCGCGCCGAUCCUCGACAGCAUGUUGUCGACGUUUUACAUGGUGUCUGUGGUGGUCGGCGACUCAAUCUACGCGAUCCCUGACGCCGGCCUGCACCAGCCAGUCUUUAGAUACGACCAAGCCGACGAAAAAUGGCAUACCACAGAGACGGCACUACCCACCAAACGCACGUCCUUUGCCAUGACCGUCGUCGACGACUAUAUCUAUGUGAUGGGUGGGUAUAAAGGGUCGUCUCCAACCGACAUUGUCGAACGCUACCAUCCCAAGAGUAACAGUUGGUGUAGUGUUGCCAGCAUGUCGAGCAAGCGUGCCGAGUUUUCCGCCGCCGUCAUUGACGACCACAUCUACGCGAUUGGCGGGUCUAUCCCCAACUCGACUGUCGAGAAAUUCAACCCUCAUGCCAACCAAUGGACGCUUGUCUGCAACCUGGCCAACAGCAACUCCAAAUUUACAGUGUCGUCAUCGGCCGUUCUCAACGCAAAGAUAUAUGCCAUUGGCUCGGAAAAUGAAUGCGAAGAUCUCAACAUUGUACUCCAAUACACUCCAGAAACCAAUCAAUGGCGUCGUGUUGCUCCCAUCCUCGGUAAUUCUUAUUAUACAAAUUCGGCUCUCGUCAUUGACAGAUUUAUUUAUUUUGUACCAUGGAAUUCAUUAAAUGUAAAUAGAUAUGAAUCUUGUUUAGAAAUUGAAGAAGAUUAA